GCGCCGGGAGAUCUCCUAGGUUCGGGGACCAUCUCCGGAACCGAGCCGAGGAGCUACGGCUCCAUGCUGGAACUCUCGUGGAGAGGCGCACACGAGAUUCCCUUGGCAGACGGCGCCAGCCGAAAGUUUCUACAGGACGGCGAUGUCUGCAACAUGCGCGGCAUUUGCCAGGGCGACGGCUACAGGAUCGGCUUCGGCGACUGCAGCGGUGAGGUGCUACCUGCAGGUUCGCGGGAUGCUGCACAAGCGCCAGAGCCUGCAGUGUGCGCCCUGCGUGAAGCUGAACUGAAAGGCUACUGGCGAUCGGGCGCCUCGUGGCGUGUGCGGAUCGCACUGGCACACCACGGAGUCAAGUUCGAUAACGCGCCAGUAAAUCUUCUGAAGGACCAGCAGAAGGACCCGGCUUAUGUACAGGAGAGCAAUCGGCUCGGUCAGGUUCCCACCUUCUCCUUCACUGAUGCGGCUGGCCAGCGGCAGACCCUGACGCAGUCGCUGGCCAUCAUCGAGUUCUUGGACUCUGUGUGCGAGCAUGCGCCCCUGAUCCCACCUGCCGACGGAACUGCCGAAGGCUCACUCCGGAGAGCUCGGGCUCUCGAGAUCGCCGAAGUGAUAAACUCCGGAACGCAGCCUCUGCAGAAUGUGUGCGUCCUGAACUCUGUGAAGUCUGCGUCGGUGGACGGCCAUGAGGUGGACGGUCGAG